AUGGACUGCGAAGGCGAAAGUUCGAAGUCUUUAAUCGAUGAGCAGGAGGCCAUGGAAGCCGUUGUAAACUAUUUGUCGGAAGAAAUCAACGAGAUUGUGGAGUUAGAAGAGUGCGUUACCCAAGGAGUUAAUGAAUGUCUUCUUACUAAAAGCUUUCCAUGCGGCCUCUGUUCGAAGAUCUGCAAAUCAAAAGGUGGACUUACUAAUCAUACAAGGGCCAAACAUGGUGAGAAAACACCGAUUAUCAAGUCAGUAACGCCAAUAAAAUCGGAUGUUGUUUGUGAAAUUGUUUGCAAAGCAGCGCAGUCCGUAAUAAAGUCGAAGUUGUAUGGCGAGAAAAUGACAAAAUUGAUUAGCGAAGCCGACCUAAAGCCAUCUGAUCUUCUCGUGAGUUCUUUGUUGACAUUGUAUGGCGGAUAUUGUGAAAAAUUAGACAGGGACAAACUCUUGAAAAACUUUUACAAGCUAAUACCAGAGUCUGCGAAGAUGUUCGAAACAAAAUCAAAAGAAAUGAACGUUCCUGCAUACAAUCUCAUUAUAAUCCACAUUCCUGAUUUAGUCGUUGGCUUUUACAAACGUGGAAAUGUUCAAGAAAAGCUUCCUGUCAUAAAGCCAAUUGAACAGUCCGAAUUUGGGCCAUUAUCGUACGUUGCUGGUUAUAUAAUUGCCAAAAUGUAUCGAAAAAGUAAAGCCACUGCAGGGAAAGAAACUCCAGAACAAUUGGAACUUCA